AUGACAACGGAGGUCUUGGAUUUGUUUUUUCAGGCGCUUCCUGAAUUGGAGCUGGUUACCCUCUUUUGCCAAAAAGCAGAAUUACCGAAUUCCUUCUUUCAGUUGAGACGACUGCACACCUUUUUUCUAACCGACGCUUCAGCCAUGCAGAAACCCGGUUUCACCAACCUCACUGGCCUUACCACCCUGCACAUCACCUUCCUCAUGAACCAUCGGCACCUCUCCAACCUCCUUCACCUCCCACGGCUCACCCGUCUCUUCACCUCCGCCCUUCACCUAAGCCAUCAGCCGGCAGGUGCUGAAAGUGUGACGCUGCCGUCCUGCCUAAAGUCGCUCAGCUUCUUUUCAUCUUGUUCCGGUUUCACUACCAUCUUCCCAUCAGCAUGGCUGUUCACUGCGUUAGAGGAGCUGCUCAUCAGCAACUGCAGUGAGCUUGAGACCCUCCCUGACGACAUUGGAGACGUUCUGCCGUGUCUUCGCAAGCUGAUCAUUCGCCAGUGCAAAACAUCCGUUCACCUACCUGAAAGCUUCACCUUGCUGAGCCAUUUGGAAACGCUCGUCAUCUCUAGUGUGGUUACAUUGGCCUUACCCAGCAACUUUGGCCACAUGCCUGCCCUCAAACUGCUGGUGCUGGAGAAAUUGCAUUUCACCGAACUCCCUCCUUCCUUUUGCCAUCUCACAUCUCUUGAAACGCUUUUCCUAGUUGAUUGUUUCAACCUUCAGCAGCUGCCAGCAGGGUUCUGCAGCCUCACGGCUCUCAAGGCGCUCUGCUUUUCAAAAACGUAUCGUCUUGCAUUGCCUGAGGACGUUGGGGCUCUUGCGAGCCUCAAGGCUCUCAAGUUGCAUGCCUGCCAGGAACAUCCCCUUCCAGCUUCCUUCACCCAGCUGUCUGCCCUCACGAGCCUUGAGCUUAAUGCAUGUCGCUUAGGGUUUCCAGUCCCCCUCCCGGAAGCCUUGGGAGAGCUGAGCAGACUACAAGAGCUGAAGAUUAUUGAGCUUUCAGUCGCCACGCUUCCUAGCUCACUGAUACAGCUUACGAGACUUCAGACCUUAGAGGUUAGAGGCUGCAGGUUGCUUGAAGAAGUACCCACGAGGCUGGAUAUGCUCCUGGGGCUUAAGAGGCUCGAAAUGACGGCAUGUCCGAGGUUGACUGUCCCCCCUGCUGGUUUGCCCCCCUCUCUUGAGACCCUCUGUUUGGGGCCCUUCUGGGGAGCCUCUUCCCAUGUGGUGGACAUCUCCCAGCUGUCGCACCUGAGGGUGCUGAAGCUGAACCGCGUUGGGGUGACAUGCGGGCCUGCAGUGGCCAGCAGGUUGUCGUGUCUGGAGCAGCUGGAGCAGCUGGAGAUGCGGUUGGGAGGGGACAGUUGCGAGCUCCCAGUCCCCGUGACUUUGAUUUCUCUCUGUCACCUGCGCAGCUUGCUCAUAGAUGUGCCGGGACUCUGCAGCCUCCCGGAAACCAUGGCGGCAGCGCUGCCAGAGCUGCGGCAGCUGGAGCUUCGUUCCUGGAUGCCAGAAGAGCUGCCCGGAGGGAUACUGGAGCUGCGCUCGCUGACCUCUCUGAGUAUCAACGCACCUCGGCUGACGGUGGUACCUCAGGGCAUGAGCCGCUUGAUUCGGCUGCGCAUACUGGAGCUGAUUCGCUGCAAUGCCUUGCAGCACCUCCCAGAGUUUCUCACCCAGCUGCACCGGCUGAUACUGCGUGACACCCCCAUCUCGUCCCUUCCUGCAAAUCGCAUGCCAGCUGAUUGA